AUGAGCAAUGCUGAGAUGAUUGGUUCUACAAAUCUUAUAAUUCUUCUAGAGGAUGAAACCUUUGCUGAUUUUUUCAACACAUUUCUUUCUCUCCUCGUCUUUGGUCAGACACCAUUUUACACUCUUGAAAAUUCAUAGUGGAGCUUGUGGCCAGAAAUACCCCAUGACUUGAUUGCAAAGUACAAAGGAUUAUUGACCUGGUUGGAAAAAUACCGGUUACCUUUCUUCUGUAAAACCAACUUGUGUUUCCAUUACAUUCUCUGUCAGGAGUUCAUCAGUUUCGUUCAGUCCCCAGAAGGAGAGGCCCUUCUGAACCUUUCCGUCUGGCAUCCCAACCAGUCAACCACCAGGAGGGAAAUCCUGAGUCACAAGCAAAAAGUGGCUCUGUUCAAACUCCAGAGCUAUUGGCUCCCAAACUUUUAUACCCACGCUAAGACGAUCAUGGCCAAGGAGGAAUCGUGCCAGGCUCUGAUGCAGGAAUAUGAGACUCGCCUGUACAGUAUCUGCUAUACCCACGUAGGAGGGCUCCCUCUGAGUAUAAGCAUCAAGAAGGGGCACCACCCCCAGAAGCGGUACUCAAGCGGGAAGGCCAAGAGGAAGAUGUGGCAGUUGACAGACCAGGGAUCUUGGUCUCUGGAAGUGAAUACCAACCCAGAUACCAACACUUUGCUCCCCCAGGAGCUGUUUCCUCAAGACAAGUUGGUUAUACAAAUGCCUUCCCCGAAAGAGACCUCUUUAAAGGAGAGAAUUAUCAGUUUCCAGGAAGAGGAUAUUCUCUGUGCCAAGAAGUCCAAUGUGAAGAACAAAGCCAAGAGCCACCUCCACAUGGAGGGCCUCUUUGAGACAUCAUUCUUUACCCACCUGAGGACUGUCACCCCCAUCAUCAAUUACUCCCCCCACAUGACAAUUAAGAAGGCCGUGGAGCAAAACCUCUCCUUGGGGUACACCCACUGGGCCUUGUGUGCUGAUGUUGCAGGGAGUCCCAUUUGGGACCACCUGAAGAAGCAAAAUUUGAAAGUGGAGGUCCAACUCCUGGACCUCUGGCAGGACCUGCACGAUUUCCUCAGUGUCCUGAUGAGUAACGGAAAGACUGGGAAAGCCUUCCGGCACAUGCUGGGCAACCGGAUCUGUGAGCUCUACCUGAAUGAGCAGAUUGGUCUACGCCUACCACUAAAAUCCCAAACCAUCAAAGGCCUGAAGGAGCUGCUGCCAUCUGGGGAUGUGAACCUCUGGAUUCCCAGAGCCCAGAAGGAGAUCUGCAAUGCCUGA